AUGGAGACCCACAUCUCAUGCUUGUUCCCGGAGCUGCUGGCCAUGAUCUUCGGCUACCUGGACGUCCGGGACAAGGGGCGCGCGGCGCAGGUGUGCACGGCCUGGCGGGACGCCGCCUACCACAAGUCGGUGUGGCGGGGGGUGGAGGCCAAGCUGCACCUGCGCCGGGCCAACCCGUCGCUGUUCCCCAGCCUGCAGGCCCGGGGCAUCCGCCGGGUGCAGAUCCUAAGUCUCCGCCGCAGUCUCAGCUACGUGAUUCAGGGCAUGGCUAACAUUGAGAGUCUAAACCUAAGCGGCUGUUACAACCUCACCGACAACGGGUUGGGCCACGCGUUUGUGCAGGAGAUCGGCUCCCUGCGCGCCCUCAACCUGAGCCUCUGCAAGCAGAUCACCGACAGCAGCCUGGGUCGCAUAGCUCAGUACCUCAAGGGCCUGGAGGUACUGGAGCUGGGGGGUUGCAGUAACAUCACCAACACCGGCCUCCUGCUCAUCGCCUGGGGCCUGCAGCGCCUCAAGAGUCUUAACCUCCGCAGCUGCCGCCACCUCUCGGAUGUGGGAAUUGGGCAUCUCGCCGGCAUGACGCGCAGCGCGGCCGAGGGCUGCCUGGGCCUGGAGCAGCUCACACUGCAGGACUGCCAGAAGCUCACUGAUCUUUCUCUAAAGCACAUCUCCCGAGGGCUGACGGGCCUGAGGCUCCUCAAUCUCAGCUUCUGCGGGGGUAUCUCAGACGCCGGCCUUCUGCACCUGUCGCACAUGGGCAGCCUACGCAGCCUUAACCUGCGUUCCUGUGAUAACAUCAGUGACACAGGCAUUAUGCAUCUAGCCAUGGGCAGUCUGCGCCUCUCGGGGUUGGAUGUGUCGUUCUGUGACAAGGUAGGGGAUCAGAGUCUGGCCUACAUAGCUCAGGGGCUGGACGGCCUCAAGUCCCUUUCCCUCUGCUCCUGCCACAUCAGUGAUGAUGGCAUCAACCGCAUGGUGCGACAGAUGCAUGGGCUGCGCACGCUCAACAUCGGGCAGUGUGUGCGCAUCACAGACAAGGGCCUGGAGCUGAUUGCUGAGCACCUGAGCCAGCUUACUGGUAUCGACCUGUAUGGCUGUACCCGAAUCACCAAGCGUGGCCUGGAGCGCAUCACGCAGCUGCCCUGCCUCAAGGUACUCAACCUGGGACUCUGGCAGAUGACGGACAGUGAGAAGGUCAGGUGA